GCCAGAGCGGCGGCGGGACGCGGGCGAGGAGCUGGGCCUCGGCAGGCGCCGGGCAGCUGAGUCCUGAAGUAGGGCCACUGGGAACAAUGCCACCUCCGUCGGACAUUGUCAAGGUGGCCAUUGAAUGGCCAGGUGCUAAUGCCCAGCUCCUUGAAAUUGACCAGAAACGGCCCCUGGCAUCUGUCAUCAAGGAAGUGUGCGAUGGGUGGUCACUGCCAAACCCGGAGUACUACACGCUCCGCUAUGCAGAUGGGCCCCAGCUCUAUGUCACCGAGCAGACCCGAAGCGACAUUAAAAAUGGGACAAUCUUACAACUGGCCAUCUCCCCGUCCCGGGCUGCACGCCAGCUGAUGGAAAGGACCCAGUCAUCUAGUAUGGAGACCCGGCUGGAUGCCAUGAAGGAGCUGGCUAAGCUCUCAGCUGACGUGACUUUCGCCACCGAGUUCAUCAACAUGGAUGGCAUCGUUGUGCUGACAAGGCUCGUGGAGAGUGGGACCAAGCUCCUGUCCCACUACAGUGAGAUGCUGGCAUUCACCCUGACUGCCUUCUUAGAGCUCAUGGACCAUGGCAUUGUCUCCUGGGACUUGGUUUCAAUCACCUUUAUUAAGCAGAUUGCAGGGUACGUGAGCCAGCCCAUGGCCGAUGUGUCUGUCCUCCAGCGGUCCCUGGCCAUCCUAGAGAGCAUGGUACUGAACAGCCAGAGCCUAUACCAGAAGAUAGCGGAGGAGAUCACCGUGGGACAGCUCAUCUCCCACCUGCAGGUCUCCAACCAGGAGAUCCAGACCUACGCCAUUGCUCUGAUUAACGCGCUGUUCCUGAAGGCCCCGGAAGACAAGAGACAGGACAAGCACCUUAACCCUCUAGACCUGCCCGCCACUGACAUGGCCAACGCCUUUGCACAGAAGCACCUCCGGUCCAUAAUCCUGAACCAUGUGAUCAGAGGGAAUCGACCAAUCAAAACAGAGAUGGCCCAUCAGCUCUAUGUCCUUCAAGUCUUGACCUUUAACCUUUUGGAAGAAAGAAUGAUGACCAAGAUGGAUCCCAAUGACCAGGCUCAAAGAGACAUCAUAUUUGAGCUGAGGAGGAUUGCAUUCGACGCAGAGUCUGACCCCAGCAAUGCCCCUGGGAGUGGGACCGAGAAGCGCAAGGCCAUGUAUACCAAGGACUAUAAAAUGCUAGGGUUCACUAACCAUAUCAACCCAGCCUUGGACUUCACCCAGACUCCUCCUGGAAUGCUGGCUCUGGACAACAUGCUGUACCUGGCCAAAGUCCACCAGGACACCUACAUCCGGAUCGUGCUGGAGAACAGUAGCCGGGAGGACAAACACGAGUGUCCAUUCGGACGCAGUGCUAUUGAACUCACCAAGAUGCUCUGCGAGAUCCUGCAGGUCGGGGAGCUCCCAAACGAAGGACGCAAUGACUACCACCCGAUGUUCUUCACCCACGACCGAGCGUUCGAGGAGCUCUUUGGGAUCUGCAUCCAGCUGCUGAACAAGACCUGGAAAGAGAUGAGGGCGACGGCUGAGGACUUCAACAAGGUUAUGCAAGUUGUCCGAGAGCAGAUCACCCGGGCUCUGCCCUCUAAACCCAACUCUUUGGAUCAGUUCAAGAGUAAGCUUCGUAGCCUGAGCUACUCAGAAAUCCUGCGGCUGCGCCAGUCUGAGAGGAUGAGUCAGGACGACUUCCAGUCCCCGCCAAUCGUGGAGCUCCGAGAGAAGAUCCAGCCUGAGAUCCUGGAACUGAUCAAGCAGCAGCGCCUGAAUCGGCUAUGUGAGGGCAGCAGCUUCCGGAAGAUCGGGAACCGUCGCCGGCAAGAAAGGUUCUGGCACUGCCGCUUGGCGCUGAACCACAAGGUUUUGCAUUAUGGUGACUUGGAUGACAACCCUCAAGGGGAGGUGACAUUCGAAUCCCUGCAGGAGAAAAUCCCUGUUGCAGAUAUUAAGGCCAUUGUCACUGGGAAAGACUGUCCUCACAUGAAAGAGAAGAGUGCCCUGAAACAGAACAAGGAGGUGUUGGAAUUGGCCUUCUCCAUCCUGUAUGAUCCUGAUGAGACACUGAAUUUCAUCGCUCCUAAUAAGUAUGAGUACUGCAUCUGGAUCGAUGGCCUCAGCGCCCUUCUGGGGAAGGAUAUGUCCAGCGAGCUAACCAAGAGCGACUUGGACACACUGCUGAGCAUGGAGAUGAAGCUGCGGCUUCUGGACUUGGAGAACAUUCAGAUCCCUGAGGCACCACCUCCAGUCCCCAAGGAGCCCAGCAGCUACGACUUCGUCUAUCACUAUGGCUGAGCGGGAAGGGACUAGGGCCCAGGAGAGACACUGGCAGCCCGUGCCUUGCCCUCCAUUUGUACAAACUACUCCUCAAACUCAGUGGGACCUGGAGCUUCUCUGUCCCAACCAUUAGGAGUCAUGAAGUCAGGGCAUGCUGCCCUCCUCAGCACCACAGAGCCUGGGUCGGGUUGGAGGAGUGAACUCAAGAUGUUCUUGCCUCCCACGCUGAGUCUGCAUCUGCAUCUGGUACUGGACCUACCGACAGCCAUCCCCUUUCCUUUCAAGCCUCCUCUCUGGUUGGCUGGAGAACCCACAUGGGCUGGAGCUGGUCCAUGAAAGGCUGCCCGUGGGGGCGAGAGGCUUGGGGAUGGGGAGAGCCUUGGAGUGACUGUCUUCAGGUGACUCAGGCAAGAACAGCCUUGAGCUCUUGCUUCAUAGGUCUUUGAGGGCUCAUUCCAGCCUUAUCCUGUGCCAAGAUGCUGCUGCCUCUGGGUUUACCACCUCUACUCUCUAGAGAUACCCGUCUCUCUUGUCCAUGCAGGUAUCAGGACAGGUAGUAACUUUCCCCCAAGCACUCAGUCUCAUCCUGCCCAGGCAGAGGCCUCCAGCUUGAGUCUUGCUCUCUCGGGCUCUAGGAAUGCUGCAAGGAAAGGCGAGGUGAGACCUCUAGCUCACCCCUUCAGUUCUGUCUUGUCCUUGCUGUGGAAGAAUGCUCCCAUCCCCCUUAGUUACAGGCCCUUCUAUUUGUGCCCCUCUUGCCGCAGACGAGGGGCGUUGCCUUCCCUCUCUCCUUCCUGGCACUGUGGUUUCUGCCGUUAGCCAUGAUUUCAAGAAGUACCGGGGCCACAGCUGUGCCAUGGGCCUUCAUUGGUGCUGCAGCACUUGAAGCACGCGCACAGCCUCCUUCCUUGGACGCAUGUUAAAUGGUGGUAUUCAGCAUUGGCAGCCUAGCGUGGCGGGUACUGCCCAAUGAAGAGUGUACUAUAUAUUUUCUUUACUAUAGGCCAUACUUAUGCAGACAUGUAUAUAUAUUUAUAUAAGAUCUUCCUAUCCUAGGAUAGGAUGUUUAAGAGGAAUAAAGUUGAGAGCAAAGCUGCUGUGCUCUCAGUCGUGAGUUGAGUGUAACCAGAGAGCAGCCAGGGGCUUCCUGUCAGUCACAGUGUUUUCAAUAAAUACUCUUUCAUGUAGACUGGUUCCUGUCAACACCUCUUCCUCUACACUUGUUCCCUGCCCCAAGGGUAGGGAGCCACCUGGCGGUCUUCACUUCAGUGUGCCUGGGAGCGUCUGGAGAGCUCCAGCCACCUUCCAAGAGCAUCUCCCUCUCCCCUGGUUGAUCCUGCUCUGUCACGCACAGACUACUCACACCUGCUGGCUGAGGAUGCUCACAGACUGUGGUACAGGACAGAGCGUUUCCUGCUCAGCCCUGCUGGGUACAACGUGGAAAGGCAUACUGUACACCCCCAAGAACCCAUCCUCCCUUUUUUCCCUGCCAGGGACACAGCCAGGGAACAGAUCAAGUACUUGUGCCUUUCAAAGAAGACAUGUUCUGCACCCCGUGUGUUGCCUGCGCUCAGUACCCAGCCUUCCAGCUGGUGCUUUAAGCUGUUGCUCCUACCAGCAGCCUCGGUAGCGGGGAGGUUUGAAUGAGAGCAGUGAUGAAAAUAGAUACUUCCUCUUGCCGCUGUCAGAAGGGGGGGGGGGGUGAGGACAGGCGCUUUCAGAAGGCAUAGAAAGUGCAUGCAACACAGGCCUUGAGCACUGAAUGAAGCCAGGACCUUGGGCUGCAAUGGGCACCACUGUAGGUCUUAGGAAGCAUUGAAUAAACUAAAGCUUUCGUGGUGCCAGCUGGCAGCAGCCUGCAGCAGCAGUGCGCACAAAGCACAGCUUACACUCUGGCCUUGAGCCUUCUGCUAGGAGCCAGGAGCCCAGCCAAGUCAUGUGCAAGAAUCUCUGUUUGCAGCCAGUCCUAGUAGAGCCCGGAUGAGCAGAAGCCCAGAAGUGGGCCAGCUCGGGUUUGCAGCCCUAGCUUGCUUGGCUUAAGAGAUUAUCUUGCUCACGUACCCUGUUCCUAAAAUGAAUCAAAUCCAGGUAUGCUAAAUUGUUCUGAGGCCACCUGUCUUCCUGGGCUCCCAGUAAGACUAGAUCCUUCUCAUCCACUUCCUUUCGGGUUCCAUUUCCUCUGGGAUGAACUUCCCGUACUCAGCUUAUUGAAUAAUUCUCACAAAAGUAUAGGCACAUGUAAUUUCACAAAGUGUCCAUUAUUACUUUGCCAAGAUCUUUUACCUCUAAAAUUUAAUGGUUGUCAAAUCA